AUGGGUGCUGUUGACGUCAAUUCGCCCAACGAUGUUGCCGGGUCCGAUCCUGUGACUGAUCUUGACACGGGGAUGGUAGCAUGGGAUGACCAGCAUGACACCCAGAACCCAAGAAACUUCCCGUCAACGAGGAAAUCUACCAUCCUGGCUCUUCUUAGCUGCAUGAUAGUGCUCAGUUUCUUGACGUCCUCAGUCAUCGCACCAGCUGCUUCAAGCAUUGACUCUGAGUUUCACAAUGAUUCAUCGACAGUUUCUUCAAUGGUUACAACUAUCUACGUCUUUGGCUACCUUGUCGGACCUCUUUUUCUUUCACCUCUCAGCGAAUUCUACGGUCGACGCCCAGUAUUCUACUACGCCAACAUCUUCUUCACCCUCACCCACGUCGGCAGCGCCCUGUCCCCCAACAUCGGGUGCCUCCUCGCCUUCCGCACAAUUUCAGGCUUCGGCGCCUCGGCAUGCUUCUCCGUCGCAGGCGGAAUGCUAGCAGACCUCUAUGAUGUCCACCAACGCGGGGUACCAAACGCAGUCAUCACGACGGGUUCUCUAUUCGGACCCGUGCUCGGGCCCUUGUUCGGGGGCAUCAUCACGCAACGCGCAGGCUGGCGCUGGAUCUUCUGGACGCUUCUUAUCGCAUCUGCCAUUGUGACGGUCCUCAUGAACCUUUUCACGCCAGAGACAAAUGCGCACAUUGUCUUGCGUCGGAAGGCAUUGCGUAUUGGAAAGGAGACGGGGAGGACGGACUUGCUGAGCUUCUACGACAACCAGGUCGGGACCUCGUCCAAGAAGAAUCCUCAGACACUGGGUCAAGCACUCCGCCGCCCCUGGAAGAUGCUGUUCCGCUCACCUCUGGUCCCGGUGUUUUGCAUCAUGACGGGCUUCAUCUCAGCUCUCUUAUACAUCCUCCUCACAUCCACGUCCUCCUUCUUCCAGGAAGUCUACGGCUGGCCCCUCGAGACAGCUGGACUCGCCUACCUAGGCCUCGGCUUCGGAAGUUUAAUCGGUCUCCUCCUCUUCGCCAAAACCUCAGACCUCAUCGCCGCACGCCUCGCAAAGAAGAAUGGCGGCCUGUACCAGCCAGAGAUGAGACUGGUCACCGCCUUCAUUCCAGCCCUAUUCAUCCCCGUCACGUUUUUCUGGUAUGGGUGGUCAACGUAUUCGAGGACGCAUUGGAUCGUCCCCUUGAUCAGUCUGGCGCCGUUUGGCUUUGCUCAGGUUGGGAUCAACGCGUCUUCUCAGGCUUACUUGAUUGAUGCCUCUGGGCCCUAUGCAUCCUCUUCGUACGCCUGCGUUACUUCAGCUCGCUGUCUUAUAGGUGGAUUGCUUCCUCUGGUCGGGCCUAGUCUAUACAGAAACCUUGGCCUAGGAUGGGGCAAUUCGGUGCUUGGUUUUGUCAGUUUGGCCAUGGUUCCGAUCCCUCUUCUGUUGUAUCGAUAUGGGCAAAGGCUCAGAGAGAGGAACCCUCUGAACACUGUAUAG